AGAUCACAUGACUAGCACCGAGAAGCAGGGAGAAACAUGGCCGUCUCCGGUGUGUUUAAAGCGGGUCUGUUCAACCACAAAGUGGCGGUGGUAACGGGAGGAGGCACCGGAAUCGGUAAAGCCAUCUCCUCCGACCUGCUGAAGCUGGGUUGUAACGUGGUGAUCUCCAGUAGGAAGCUGGAGAGGCUGGAGGCUGCAGCUGAAGAGCUGAGACAGAGUAUCCCUGAGUCUAGUCCUGCCUCCGUCACCCCUGUAGUCUGUAACAUACGCAACGAGGAGGAGGUGAAGUGUCUGGUGGGGUCAGUGUUGCAGCAGUAUGGUCGGAUAGACUACCUGGUAAAUAACGGUGGAGGUCAGUUCAGCAGCCCAGCAGAACACACCUCGUCUAAGGGCUGGAAGGCUGUCAUAGACACCAACCUCACAGGAACCUUCCACUGCUGCAAGGAAGUGUAUGCUGCAUGGAUGAAGGAGAACGGAGGAGUGAUCGUCAACAUCAUCGCUGAUAUGUGGAAGGGCUUCCCAGGCAUGGCUCAUACCGGAGCAGCGCGGGCCGCUGUAGACAACCUAACUAAGACUCUGGCCAUCGAAUGGGCGGUGUCUGGAGUCAGAGUCAACGCCAUAGCACCGGGAACCAUCAUCUCCAAGACAGCCGUUGAGAACUAUAAGGAGUUUGGACCAACACUGUUUAAGAUGUCUAUUCCCUUCAGCCCUGCUAAAAGACUGGGAGUCCCAGAGGAGAUCUCUCCAGCAGUGUGCUUCCUCCUGUCUCCUGGUGCUUCUUAUAUCUCUGGAGCCACUCUGAGGGUGGACGCUGGACAGAGUCUUUACCACUCUAUGUGGGAAAUACCAGAUCACAGUGCAUGGCCUGCGGCCCCAGAGGGAGAGAAUCUGGACACUUUGAAAGAGCUGCUGAAACCCAAGGCCAGGCUCUAACUAUCACUAUGGAAAUAAGGUCAUCGCUACGGAAACAACCCAGCACCGCGGUGACCAGCCCAUGGCAACGGACGGGCGGACGGGUGUAUGAUUGGAGACAGACAGAUAUUUAGAGAAUUGUUUUUGAUAACGCUGAUCAGAAUGCUAUCAAUAUGAAUUAAUGGAAGGAUUAGUGUCACUAUAGAGGCUGACCUCUACAUCUGUCUCCUCUCGUCCUGUCAGCCUGACCCUGUGACCCUGUAUCGCCCUGUGACCCUGUAUCACCCUAUGACCCUGUGUGACCCUGUGUCGCCCUGUGACCCUGUAUCGCCCUGUGACCCUGUAUCACCCUAUGACCCUGUGUGACCCUGUGUCGCCCUGUGACCCUGUGUGACCCUGUGUCACCCUGUAUCGCCCUGUGUGACCCUGUAUCACCCUGUAUCGCCCUGUGUGACCCUGUAUCGCCCUGUGUGACCCUGUAUCGCCCUGUGUGACCCUGUAUCGCCCUGUGUGACCCUGUAUCUCCCUGUGUGACCCUGUAUCGCCCUGUGUGACCCUGUAUCUCCCUGUAUCACCCUGUAUCGCCCUGUGUGACCCUGUAUCGCCCUGUGUGACCCUGUAUCGCCCUGUGUGACCCUGUAUCGCCCUGUGUGACCCUGUAUCUCAUGUACUGUACAUAAUUGUAGAUAAUUCAGGUAUUAUUAACAUGGUAAUAGGCCUAUGUGACAAUUCUCCUGAUUAUUGGCUGUUAUUAGUGUUUUGAUAAAGCACAGCCAGUGCCGUUGAAUAUGAACCAUAAUGUUUUCACUAACUCGUCUCACAAAGAAACAGCUCUCCCUUAUAAUAAACACCCUUUACAUUGA